CCAACCCCAACAAUCCCUGCACGCGUCCCCCACGCCCUCGCUAGCGAUUCACCGUGUUCUCAUCCCAGCUCUAUAUAAACCAGCACAAAAACCCUCGAAACCCUCAGUGCAAAUCACCGUCGCGUCUUUUGCCCUCCUCCUUUUUUUUCCGAAAGGCUUCGUGGUCACCGAACCUUUUCUGAUCUCUGUUGACACCCACCCUUUGCAUGUACUCGAAUCAGCUCGGGUCAACACAUAAUCCUCACCGCGGCUCCAAGCACACUGCAGCGAGCGCGCUAAUAUCCCAUUAAAUUUCUCCUUGCUCUGUCGUUCAACUUUUUUUACAAUCAAUUUCCACCCUAUCCCCGCUCGCUCUUCCCGCUCCGCUCUUCAAACCCGCAUACCAAUCACACCAUGGCUCCGAACACCUCCGGUGACGUCUCGCCUUCCAACUCGUCGAUCAUAGACGGCCCGCUCAACCUCCCGAUCCAUCCUACCGCCGCUCGGCGCCCCGCCGAUCUCGUUACCGUCCAAGGUGCGAACACCGUCUACUCGGACGAGUUCAUUACCUCCAAGUACGAGAACCGUGGCGCGGACGUCGUGGUCAAGGAGGAGGGCCGCUAUGUCGUCAAACCUACCAUCGACCCCUUCGAAUUCAGGACCCAACGCAAGGUCCCGAAGACUGGGUUGAUGAUGGUCGGUAUGGGAGGCAACAAUGGCACGACCCUCGCCGCCACUAUUCUCGCCAACCGCCACAACAUCGUCUGGCACACCAAGUCCUCCGUCCAACAGCCCAACUACAUCGGCUCCCUUCUCCGCGCCUCUACUAUCCGCCUCGGUCUCGAUGCCACCACCGGCAAAGACAUUCACGCUCCUCUCUGCGAGCUUCUCCCCAUGGUCCACCCCAACGACCUCGUCCUCGGUGGUUGGGAUAUCUCCGGUACGCCUAUGCACAAGGCCAUGGCCCGUGCCGCCGUCCUCGACUACGAUCUUCAGCGUCAGGUCGCUCCCUACAUGGAGGAGAUGGGCUCUCCCCUUCCGUCGAUCUACUACCCCGACUACAUCGCGGCGAACCAGAAGGAGAGGGCGGAUAACGUUCUCCCGGGCGAGAACAAAGCGGAGCACUUGGAGAAGGUCAGGAGCGAUAUCAGGCAGUUCAAGGAGAGGAACGGAUUGGACCAGGUCAUCGUGUUCUGGACGGCCAACACGGAGAGGUACAGCGACAUCGUACCCGGCGUGAACGACUCCGCGGACGGGAUACUUGCCGCGAUCAAGUCUUCUCACGCUGAGGUCGCUCCGUCUACCGUCUUCGCCGUCGCUUCCAUUCUCGAGGGCGCUCCUUUCAUCAACGGCGCCCCGCAGAACACGUUCGUCCCCGGUGUGGUCAAGUUGGCGGAGAGGCACGGGUCGUUCAUUGGUGGUGAUGAUUUGAAGAGCGGGCAGACGAAGUUGAAGAGCGUGCUUGCGGAGUUCUUGGUCAAUGCGGGGAUCAAGCCGUUGAGCAUCGCGAGCUAUAACCAUCUCGGGAACAACGACGGGUGGAAUUUGAGCUCCGAGAGGCAGUUCAAGUCUAAGGAGAUUUCGAAGAGCAGUGUAGUGGAUGAUAUGGUGGCGGCAAACUCGUUGCUGUACAAGACGAAGGAGCAGAUGAUCGCUGAAGGUGCUGUGGCUAAGGAUGGCAAGGCGGUCAAGGGUGAACACCCUGAUCACAUCGUCGUCAUCAAGUACGUUCCAGCCGUCGGCGACUCCAAGCGCGCCAUCGACGAGUACUACUCCGAGAUCAUGGGCGGUGGUCGUUCCACCAUCAGCAUCUUCAACGAGUGCGAGGACUCCCUCCUCGCCACCCCCUUGAUCCUGGACUUGACCAUCCUCGCCGAGCUCCUCACUCGUAUCCAGUACCGUCCGGGCGGUGCUAACGCCGGCCAGAGCGACUUCAAGCCUCUUUACCCCGUGUUGAGCUUGCUCUCGUACAUGCUCAAGGCCCCGCUCGUCAAGCCUGGCACGGACGUCGUCAACUCGCUCUCGAGGCAGAGGAACGCGCUCGAGACUUUCCUCAAGGCCUGCGUCGGCUUGGAGGGAAGCAGCGACUUGUUGCUCGAGACGAGGAUCUGGUAAUGAUCUAAAUUCGCCCUCUAACUUUCUUCUUGAACGAACGCGCAAAGACGCGAAAUGUCUCUCACCUAUCUUUUCCCCUCGUCUUCGUCCUACCAAACUGUGUUCGCCGUUACCCAUCAUACCCGCCCAUUUCGAAGGUCUUCAACGCCCGGGCUGCUUAGAUUCUUUCUUUCUCUGUGCCGUUUGCGUGUGUAGACAGUAGAGUUAGAUUGGGUUCUCAACAACCUUGGGGUUCUGUGCAAUGCAUUUGUCGUAUUCGUGAUC